UCAGUGCAUCCGCCUCAUCCUGGUACGGAUCCUUUUCCAACUGAUUCCCAUGGGGUUGUUGUGCAACCUUUUGUACGAACUGUGGGAAAAAUAUGGCUACGAACUAUGCGGACUGGACUAUAUAUAUUGGGGAUAUCCUGUCAGGGUCAUUUUCACGAUUAAUGUCGUCAUCAAACUGAUAUCCAGAGUGGUCGAGUCCUUCAUGUCCGCCUGGUUCAUUUACACAGUUUUGGUGGAACGGGAACAAAGAGGUUUCGGUGUUCGCCUCCAGAAGAACCGGGUUGCGCCAGACAUUCCAGUCACAUUUCACGACGAAGUUUUACAACCCGCUCGGCCGGUUCCAGAAGAAGAAAAACCCUUCCAGCGUGUCGACCGUUGUCGAAUUUCCAUUAAUCCUGACAAAAAAGGUGCUGGUGGAUUGAUGGGUUAUGAUCCAGAUAAGCCAAAACAAAGAAAAAGUAUUAUGAAAGUUAUGGAGAGUGAUACGGCGAUUAAUAUGGAUGAAACCCUUCCUGAUGACGAGUAGUCAAUAAAAUAAUGUGCA